AUGAGUCUCACUCAAGUCUGUAUAUACGAAUCGACCCUUCUCUCGAACAAACCUGAACCGGAUAGACCCUUCUCCCGAACAAACCUGAAUAGUUAUGUGAAGAAGGAUAGACCCUUCUCCCGAACAAACCUGAGCCGUUAUGUCAAUAAGAAUAGACCCUUCUCCCGAACAAACCUGAACCGUUAUGUUAAUAAGGAUCGACCCUUCUCCCGAACAAACCUGAACCGUUAUGUGAAUACGGAUAGAUCCUUCUCCCGAACAAACCUGAACCGUUAUGUGAAGAAGGAUACAUCCUUCUCCCGAACAAACCUGAACCUUUAUGUGAAUAAGGAUAGACCCUUCUCCCGAACAAACCUGAACCGUUAUGUGAAGAAGGAUAGACCCUUCUCCCGAACAAACCUGAACCGUUAUGUGAAUAAGGAUAGACCCUUCUCCCGAACAAACCUGAACCGUUAUGAUGGACCCUUCUCCCGAACAAACCUUAACCGUGAUGUGAAUAACGAUCUACCCUUCUCCCGAACAAACCUGAACCGUUAUGUUAAUAAGGAUCGACCCUUCUCCCGAACAAACCUGAACCGUUAUGUGAAUAAGGAUCGACCCUUCUCCCGAACAAACCAGAACCGUUAUGUGAAUAAGGAUAGACCCUUCUCCCAAACAAACCUGAACCGUUAUGUGAAUAAGGAUAGACCCUUCUCCCGAACAAACCUGAACCGUUAUGUGAAUAAGGAUAGACCCUUCUCCCGAACAAACCUGAACCGUUAUGUGAAUAAGGAUAGACCCUUCUCCCGAACAAACCUGAACCGUUAUGUGAAGAAGGAUCGACCCUUCUCCCGAACAAACCUGAACCGUUAUGUGAAAAAGGAUCGACCCUUCUCCCGAACAAACAUGAGCCGUUAUGUGAAUUAG